AUGCCUCGAGCCGAAGUUGGGUCGGCGAAGUACAUCGCCAACAAGAUGAAGUCGAAAGGGCUUCAGCGGCUGCGAUGGUACUGCCAAGCAUGUCAGCGACAAAUGCGAGACGAAAAUGGCUUCAAGUGCCAUGUUGCGACCGAAUCGCAUGUCCGCCAGAUGCAGUUGAUUGGCGAAGACCCACGGAAAGCCAUCAACGACUUCUCGAACCAGUUCUUAAGAGAUUUUAUACAAUUGCUACGUACAGGUCACGGGGAGAAGAAGGUCAACAUGAACCAAUUCUAUCAAGAAUACAUCUCGAACAAGGAGCAUAUUCACAUGAAUUCGACGAAGUGGGCCAGCCUGACAGAGUUCGCCAAAUAUCUGGGCAGAGAGGGGAUAUGCCGCGUGUACGAGGACGAGAAGAACGAUGGACGCCCAGGUGCAAGCGGCCUGCUCAUCAGUUGGAUCGACAAUAGCCCGGACGCACUACGCCGACAGGAGGCGCUGAAGAAGAAGGAACGACAGGACCGUGGUGAUGAGGAGCGGGAACAGAGGAUGAUCCAAGAACAAAUCCGACGAGCGAAACGUGAUGGCACUGCUUACAUUCCAAACGAUGAGAAGACCCUUGAGGACGACCCUGAUGAGCCGGUGGAUGGUAUUGGUAUCAAGCGCAAAGACGGGGAGAAAAUCGUGCUCAACUUUGGACCCAAAAGGCAAUUGCCUGAGUCAUCUAAACCUCCCACACCGCCGUUAUCGGACGACGACUCCGCAUCCGACGAAGCAAAGGACAGCGCAGCAUCCUCGUCCCCGCCAGAAGCUCCAGCCGCGGCAGCUACACCCGACGUGACUGCGUUAUCACACCUCUCUGACUCGACACCAAAGCAAUCCGUAAGCCAGGCCCCCAUAUCCAUGUCUUUGGGCGUGGCGUCAAACAAGCCCAAGAAUGUCUUUGCUGCAGCAGCCAAGAAGAAUGCGUUAGCUGGCACAAGGAAACCGUUACAGUCCAACACAACAAGACCAAUGAGCGAGGCCGAGCGGAUAAUGAAAGAAGAACUCGAGCGGAAGCGACAACGUGAAGCCAACGGCUUCAAGUCCGGCAGUAACGUGUUCAAGAAGCAGCGGCUUGCAUAG